CUUCAGCCUCAUGGCGUUCACGACUGCAGCGCUUCAUGUAUUGGUUUCGGACGGUAAGUGAGGACUCAAUUAUCGAUCCCGAAGCUAAGUUUUAUCUCCCUUAACCUUAUCCCUCCUCACAAAUCGCGUCGAUCAUCCGUUGUUAUCAUUUCAAGAUCGCGACUUACAUUUCCCAGCAUCAAGGGCCGUCUUCUGGGAAAUCUUCACGAUGCACGCCACUCUCUUCCUUCUAACUGUCAUUACACUAUUUUUCACAUCUCCCAUUCUUGCACAAUAUCCCAAAUCCCCCAAACGCGGCCUCGUCUCCGUCUCAACCAACAACCCCCAAGACGAACCCAUCUUCGUAAAACCAAACAAUGGCCUCACAUGGUACUACAAUUACGGCAUCUCGCCCACACCAGCCUACAUCAAUAUCUCACAAUCAGAAAUCGAGUUCGUGCCCAUGCUAUGGGGCGUGAGUAACGUCACAGGCAGUACAUUUCUCAAGAACGUCACGAGCAUGAUCGACAAGGGGAGGAAUAUAUCGCAUGUUCUGAGUUUCAACGAGCCGGAUGUGAAUUUCACUGCAAAAGGAAGCCAGGUAUCUCCUGAUGCGGCGGCAGCGAGUUGGAUAUUGAAUUUCGACCCGCUGAGGAAGAUGGGGAUUAAGGUGGGGGCGCCGGUCGUAUAUGCGAAUGACACUGGGUUUGCGUGGUUGGAUAAGUUCUAUGCGGCGUGCAAUAAGAGGAAGUCGAAUUGUACGGCGGAUUUUAUGAAUAUUCAUGUUUUUGGGAACACGUCAGUUAUUGAUGCGUAUCUGACGAAAUACAAGAAGAAAUAUCCCGGCAAACCGCUCUGGAUUUCGGAAUUCGCGCUGGACUAUUCUCCUGUCCUUGAAACCGAAGCAGCAUUCAACGAGACAAUUGCCAUGUUUGACAACGAUACAGCGGUAGAGCGGUACGCAUACUUUGGAUCGUUCAGGUCGUCGGAUAGUGGGGUGGGGUGGAAUGCCACGAUGUUGGAUGGGAUUGGGGAAUUGACGAAUAUUGGAAGUUGGUAUUUGGGUGGAGGGAUAGUGAAAGAUGCGACUGCGACGAAGACUUCAUCAUCAUCAGAGGCGACAAGCAGUACGAAGGAUUCGGGGGCAGCGGCGUGGAGUGGUGGUCGCGGUGGUCGUCGUGAAAUGCUUGGGAUGAUGAUUAUUUCGAUUGUAUUGGCGGUAGGAUUACAGACUUAGCGUGGAUAUCCAGGUAAUAAUAUGAGGUCC